AUGACGAGGCGCUACGGGCGGCGGCGCGCACUGGCGGCCGCGUGUCUGGGCGCCGGGCUCCUGCUCCUGGGCGCCCUGCGCCCUGCGUUCGAGAGCAGCGCCGUGGGCACCAGCUGGUUUGGCGGGAAGAGGAGGAGCCCCUUGCAGACGCUCUACGACCUGGACCAGGGCCCGCGCUCUGCCCUGGCCGAGGUGCACCGGCAGCGGCGAGAGCUGCUGCGCCACGCCUGCAGCCGCCACACCCGGCGGCAGCACCUGCUGCGGCCCGAGGACCUGCAGCACGUGCUGGUGGACGACGCGCGCGGCCUGCUGUACUGCUACGUGCCCAAGGUGGCCUGCACCAACUGGAAGCGCGUGCUGCUAGCUCUGAGCGGCCGCGGCCCCAGCGACCCGCGCGCCAUCCCCGCGCCUGAGGCGCACACGCCGGGCCUCCUGCCCUCGCUGGCCGACUUCAGCCCGGCCGAGGUCAACCGGCGUCUGCGCGCCUACCUGGCCUUCCUCUUCGUGCGCGAGCCUUUCGAGCGCCUGGCCUCGGCCUACCGCAACAAGCUGCAGCGGCCCUGGGGCGCCGCCUUCCAGCGCCGCUUCGGCACCGACAUCGUGCGGCGCCUGCGGCCGCGCCCCAGCCCCGACGCGCUGGCCCGCGGCCACGACGUGCGCUUCGCCGAGUUCCUGGCCUACCUGCUGGACCCGCGCACGCGCCGCGACGGACCGCUGAACGAGCACUGGGAGCGCGCCCACGCGCUCUGCCACCCGUGCCGCCUGCGCUACGAUGUGGUGGGCAAGUUCGAGACGCUGGCCGAGGACGCGGCCUUCGUGCUGGGCCUCGCGGGCGCACCCGGCCUGCGCUUCCCGGAGCCGCCGCCAGGGGCCAGGGCCGCCGCGCGCGACCGGGCCGAGCGCCUCUUCCGCGACAUCAGCCCCUUCUACCAGCGGCGCCUCUUCGGCCUCUACAAGAUGGACUUCCUGCUCUUCAACUACUCCGUCCCUUCCUACCUGCGGCUGCGCUAGCCCACGGCCCCGGGUGCGC